UGUUUCCAGUCUGUAUCUUAGGACGUGAGUUUUGUCUUUUAAUCUCCCCACAAACUCCUCAACUUCCUACAUGAAACAGUUAAUUUUCCUGGUGCUUAAGACACGCGCAGAAGUGAAACUGGAGCUGUCUUUGUUUCUUUUCCGUAUUUUUCCUGCUGUGUUUAGCAGAGCCUGUCUGAGAGGCUCGUUCAUGGUGGAUAACAGUGGAGCUGCUGGAAGUUUAUGCCUGAAGUUUGAGAAGUUUACAUGAAAGAGCUGGUUUUUGGAAAAUGAGUGCCCCUCCUCGUGCCCACCUCCUCUCGGCAGUGAUCAUCAUGUGUUACAUCAUGACUGGACCGCACUACAGCGUGGCCUCCCAGAAGACGCAGUCCUGCCGAGUUGAAGGUGGCAGAGCAGACUGCAGCCACCGGAGCCUCAGCGUGGUUCCACCAGACCUUCCCAGGAACAUCAGCAGCCUGGAUAUGUCUCAUAACAGGCUGGUAAAGAUCCUCCCUCAGUCCCUGGUCCCAUACCGAGGCCUCAUACACCUUGAUGUCAGUUACAACAGCAUCACAAAGCUGGAUGAGGGUUUGUGCCAGACGCUGCCCCUGCUGCACACACUGAACAUGGAACAUAAUGAACUGCAUUUGCUGAAGAAAGAGGAUCUGAGCCAUUGCAGCAAUCUGACAGGGUUGAAUAUUGCUAGCAACAGGCUGAAGCUACAGGGGGAGCCUUUUUCUGCACUACAGAGCCUGAAGUAUCUCAACGUAUCAUCAAACAAACUGCUGUCAGCCCAGCUGGGCUCUACCCCUCAACUGCCCAACCUGGUCAGCCUCAAUCUGGGCUUCAACGACUUCAACACCCUAAAGACAAAUGACUUUCUCUACCUGAACAGCUCAUCCUUUCUGACGCACCUCAACCUGUCCUCUGUGCCUCUGAAGAAAUUGGAGCCAGAUUGCUUUAAGCCCAUUUCAGGCCUGAGUACUUUAAUCAUGGAUGGGAGCAAUGUCGGCACUUUGGUGAUUUCCAAGCUCUGCUCAGAGCUUUCUGUAACGGCCAUCAACACCCUCUCUCUUCGGAAGAUGAAGCUCAUCACACUCACAAACACCACAUUCAAAGGGCUGCAGAAAACAAACCUGACUUUUCUGGAUCUUUCUCUGAAUGGUAUGGGUAAAAUAGAGGGAGGCUCUUUUCAGUGGCUGCCCAGGCUGCAGACUCUUAUUUUGGUGGAAAACAACAUCAAACACCUGACAAAGAGCACAUUUCAAGGGCUCAAAAGUUUAAAAAAACUGCAGUUGACAAAAGCUCUGGUGAAAAGUCAUACUUCUUCCACUCCGAUCAUUGACAAUUUCUCUUUCCAAGCUUUAAGCAGCCUGGAGAGUUUGAUACUAAAGCAAACUGCAAUACGAGAAAUCAGUGAGAACACAUUUACAGGCUUGAUGAGCCUUAAAGAACUUGAUUUUAGCUGGAGUAGUUGUGAGUCUCUUAGAAACCUCAACAGCAAGACUUUAGUGUCACUGACUGGAUCACCUCUCCGAAAGCUAAAUCUGACUGCAACAUCUUUGACAUGGAUUAAACCUGGAAGCUUCUCCAUGUUGAGGAACCUCACUGUUCUGCUUUUAGAUUUCAACUUCAUCAGGCAAACUUUGACUGGCCAGGAGUUUGAAGGGCUGGACCAAGUCCAAGAGAUCCACAUGUUCAACAACCACCAGAAAGUCGCUCUAAGUGCCACGUCGUUUGCUCAUGUGCCGAAACUUCGGCUCCUGACUUUGGGGAAAAGUCUGAACGCAACAGCCUCAAACUUGGAUCCAUCUCCAUUCACACACCUCUCCAACCUGACCUUCCUGGAUCUCAGCAACAACAAUAUUGCUAACAUCAAAGAAAGCACGUUUAAAGGGCUCGCGAACCUAAGGGUGCUGAAGCUCGAGCACAAUAACUUUGCCCGUUUGUGGAAGAGUGCCAACCUGGGUGGGCCAGUGCUGUUUCUGAAAGGGUUAAGGAGUUUGACGACACUUCUGUUGGACAGUAACGGCCUGGAUGAGAUUCCAAAGAAUGCUUUAAGAGGACUGCACAAUCUUCGUGAACUGAGCCUCGCCAACAAUCUUCUCAACAGGCUCAAGAACUCCAUUUUUGAUGACCUGAGCUCGCUGCGAGUUUUGACUUUGCAGAAGAAUCUGGUCACUGCUGUGAGGCCGGAAGUGUUCAAAACUCCUUUGAGCAACAUCAGUGUGCUGAACAUGGAGAAAAACCCAUUCGACUGCACCUGUGAGAGCAUCCUGUGGUUUGUGAAUUGGUUAAAUAACACCAACAUGAGCAGUGUGAUAGGGGAGAAGGAGUUGUACAUGUGCAACACUCCGCUAGCUUACUUUAACAAAUCAGUCAUGGACUUCGACGUGCUUUCGUGUAAAGAUUUGACUCCAUUUCAAGCCUUGUACAUUGUAAGCAGCACAGCAGUCAUCAUGCUGAUGGUGACUGCACUCCUGGUUCGCUUUCACGGCUGGAGGAUCCAGUUUUACUGGAACAUUCUGAUCAACCGCAUGCUAGGAUUUAGCGAUGCCUCUAGUGAAGAGGGUAGGGAGUUUGAAUAUGAUGCCUACGUCAUUCAUUCAGAGAAGGAUCGCAGCUGGGUGGAGAGGAGGAUGGUCCCACUGGAGAACGAGAAAUGUGUGUUUUGUUUGCAGCAUCGAGAUUCGGUACCUGGAGUGUCGCAGCUCGAAUCCAUUUUGGAUAAUAUGAGGAAUUCCAGAAAAAUCUUGUUUGUUGUCACUGAAAGCCUGCUCAACGAUCCCUGGUGCAGCAGAUUCACGGCCCAGCAGGCUCUUCACCAGGUCAUUGAAGACAGCCGGGACUCAGUGGUUCUGGUCUUCCUGCAGGAUGUUCAUGACUACAAGUUAUCACGCUCGCUCUUCAUUCGCAGAGGCAUGCUGCGCCCCUGUUGUGUCCUGGACUGGCCGGUCCAUAAGGAGAGGAUUCCAGCCUUUAAGCAGAAACUCCUCAUAGCACUCGGGAUGACUAACCGAUUACGGGAGUAACUGUAACCCGUUUGUAACAAUCUGAAAUUCUCUUUGCAAUAAUAAUUACCAGUGUUUCUUUUUGUUUGUUUCCCCCUCUGUUAAAAUUGUGGGCAUAUACACUGCCUGGCCAAAAAAAAAAGUUGCCACCAAAAUAAAAGGUCACACACUCUAAUAUUUGGUUGGACCGCCUUUAGCUUUGAUUACAGCACGCAUUCGCUGUGGCAU